AUGAGAAGCUUAAACAUUCCAAUUGAUGGAAAUGUACUUAAAGAACAAGCACACUUUUUUGCUUCCAAAUUAAACAUCAAAGAUUUUAAAGCAUCGGAUGGUUGGUUACAGAAAUUUAAAUUUCGGAAUGGUUUGAGUUUCCGGAAAGUGUGUGGUGAAAGUGCAGCAGUAGACACGUCAUCAGCAAAUGAAUGGAAAGAAGAAAAGUUGAAAUUGCUUCUUUCUGAAUACGCUGCAGAUGACGUUUUUAAUGCGGACGAAACGGCUUUGUUUUUUAAGAUUUUGCCAGAAAGAACAUUAGCUUACAAAGGAGAUAAAUGUGUUGGAGGUAAUAAAGCUAAAGAGAGACUUACAGUUUUGAUUGCAGCCAACAUGACUGGGUCACAAAAAUUGCCUCUGCUCUUUAUUGGAAAAUAUCUGAAACCAAGGUGUUUCAAAAAUGUUCAGAAGAUUCCUGCUGCAUAUUAUGCUAAUAAUAAGGCCUGGAUGACUGGCAACAUCUACGAAAAAUGGUUGAGAGAUUUAGAUAACCGUUUUUCAGCAGAGAAGCGCAAAGUUCUCCUAAUCGUGGACAAUUGUACUGCACACAUGGAAGUCACUGGGCUUCAGGCAAUCCGUGUGGAAUAUCUCCCACCAAAUGCAACUGCAGUUUUACAGCCAAUGGAUCAGGGGAUAAUCAAUAGUUUCAAGCGAAAAUAUAAGACAGUGCUCUUGCAAAGAGUAAUCCUUGGCUUGGAAAGGGAACAACCUUAUUAUCAGAUUGAUAUUCUUGGUGCAAUGCAUUUAUCAAUCAGUGCAUGGAAUGAUGUUUUAGAUGAAACAAUUUCUAAAGCCUUUCGACAUGCAGGUUUUAUUAAAGAAACAGACGUAACUGAAGAAAUCCAUGACAAUAGAUCUCACGACGAAGAUGAGGUUCUCAUGCAUGAACUUCGCCGUAGAAAUCCACAGUUGCCAGAACUUUCAUUCGAGGAUUUUUUAAAUGUGGAUUCUAAUGUCAUCUGCACGGAGGAAAAUAUCGGAUCACGAUAUUAUUAG